AUGUCUGCUCAAAGAUUGAAAAUUGGCUGUGCCGGCCUCGGCCGUAUGGGCAAGCGCCAUGCCCUCAACUUCCUCGAACGUACUCCUCGAGCUGAACUGGUCGCUGCUAGCUCCCCUGACCCCGUCGAGCUCGAAUGGGCUAAGACUCAUCUCGAGCCCUUCGGCGUCCGACUGUACCAGAACUACGAUGACAUGCUCAAACACGAGGGCCUGGUUGCCGUGAUUGUCGCCUCGGCCACUGCAGUGCACGCCGAACAGGCACUCAAGGCGAUUGCAGCUGACAAGCACGUCCUUUGCGAGAAGCCCAUCUCUACCAGUGUGGAAGUUUCCCAGUCAGUUAUCGACGCCGCCGCCAAAAAGCCACACCUAAAGGUAAUGUGCGGCUUCUCCCGGCGCUUCGACAAAUCCUACCGAGACGCCUAUGAAAAGAUGCAAGCCGGCAUAAUCGGCACCCCUCCUCAAACCUGCGACAAACUCGACCCAAGUGGCUUCUUCGUAGCCUACGCCGAAUUCUCGGGCGGGAUCUUCGUCGACUGCUCAAUCCACGACAUAGACCUAGCCCUCUGGUUCUUUGGCAAAGAAAGCAAAAUCAAAUCCGUCUCCGCAGUCGGCAUCACAGCCGUCGAGCCCGAUCUGCGCAAACACAACGACCGUGACAAUGCAGUCGGCCUGGUUGAGUUCCAUGAUGGGCGGAUUGCGUUCUUCUAUGCAUCGCGCAUGAUGGCUGCGGGCCAGGAGGAUGUUACGGAGAUUAUAGGCACCAAGGGGAAGUUGGCGGUCAAUACUCAGCCUGCGCUUAAUCAUGUUAAUGUUUAUGACGGGAGUGGGAUUCGGAGGGAAAUCCCUCAGACUUAUUAUGAUCGCUUUGAGUAUGCUUUUGUUACUGAGGCUCAGGAGUUUUCGGCGGCUUGUUUGGAUGAUUUGCCGGUGCCGGUUGAUUUGGCUUGUUCUGUUCUUGCUGUCCGUAUUGGGGCUGCAUUGCAGGAGUCACUUAUUACUCAGAAGAAGAUUUUCUUUGACGAGAAUGGGGAGAGGUGUGAGCUUGCUAGUUUGUGA